AUGAUGUACGAAAUGACAGAUACCGACCACAUCCUCACCAAGGCGAGGUACGGUAACCCUCGGAGACCCUUACUUAUCUGUGGACUGGUAGCCUUGGUAUUGGGACUCGUCUUUGGCCUGAUCUUAGGUCGCUUUGGAUUAUGUCCGGAUAACGAACCCGUACCAGCUCCACAGACAGAUGGAGUGUUUCUACCCGGUGUUUCAAAACAGAUUGUUCAAGAUGGCGACCCAUCGAUUAGUGAUUUACUCAUCAAUAGCAUCAGUAGUGAAAACAUCAGGCAAUACCUACGGGACCUGUCUGAGCUACCCCACCUGGCGGGUACGAAGGCUGACUACCGCCAGGCUAAAGACCUACACGACUUCUGGAGACAAGAGGGACUGGACGAGGUGUAUAUCACGCCGUAUGACGUCCUACUGUCUUACCCCAAUGUCACUGAUGACGACAUGAUGAACAGGAUAGAACUGAUCAAUGCCACUGGCGGGAUAGUGUACCAGUCUCCUCUAAGGGAAGCCAUUCUACAUCCGAGUGAGAACAAAAGCGGUGUGGUGCCACCCUUCAAUGCCUACUCUCUUCCAGGGGAUAUCACCUCGGAACGACUUUUCUACGUAAACUACGGCAGAGUAGAGGACUACAAUGUUUUAAUUACCAAGCACUCUGUAAACAUAAAUGGAAGCAUCGUCAUAGCACGUUACGGCAAGAUAUUCCGGGGGGACAAGGUGAAACUUGCAGCAGAUCAUGGCGCCGUAGGUAUAAUCAUCUUCUCUGACCCAGCUGACUACACAUUAGAUGGCGACACUUCACGUGUCUAUCCGGACGACUGGUGGCUCCCUCCGACGGGAGCACAACGGGGUACAACCUAUCUUGGGAUUGGGGACCCGUUGACUCCUGGCUACCCGGCAGUAGAGACAGCUUUCCGACUGGAAGCGAACAGUUCCGAGGCCCAGCUUCCGACGAUUCUAGCCCAUCCUAUCGGAUAUGGAAUUGCGCAGAAGAUCCUUGAACAGAUGUCUGGCGAUGAGGUAACAGAGGACUGGAAAGGCAAACUUAACCUUACCUACAGAUAUGGUGGCAAAAUGAAGGAGAAUGGAUGGACGAUUCGGAUGUUUAUUUCUACCCAGAACGAGAUGCGCAGAACCUACAACGUAUUUGGUAUCAUCCGGGGAGCUAUUGAACCAGACAGGUACGUGUUAAUGGGAAACCAUAGAGAUGCGUGGGUGUUUGGCGCCAUUGAUCCAUCAGGUGGUACGGCCGUUAUGAAAGAAAUCUCCAGAGUAAUGGGCAACUUGGUAAAGCAAGGGAAAUGGCGGCCUCGUCGUACUAUCAUAUUCUGUAGCUGGGGUGCGGAGGAGUAUGGACUUAUCGGCUCCAGUGAGUGGGUUGAGCAAUACGUGAAGAGCCUGGCUGCCCGAUCCCUGGCUUACGUUAACGUGGACAUCGCCGUGGAAGGAAACUAUACGGUAGCCAUAUAUGGAACUCCACUUAUGUAUCACAGUCUGUACGACGCUACUAGAAAGGUGGAAAAUCCAAAUCCAGAGGACAUUGCCAAAGGGAUGAAGACAGUGUAUGAUAAAUGGGUCUACACCAGUGCAACAAAUAGCUCUUCCAGACCAAAAAUUCCAUCGCUUGGAGCCGGGAGUGAUCAUGCCAAGUUUGUGCAGUUUGUUGGACUUCCUUGUGUCGAUAUGUCUUACUCGUACGAUACGAAGAAGUAUGAUUUAGGCUCCUAUCCACUGUAUCACUCUGUGUACGAAACUUUCUACGCAGUGGACAAGCUCAUAGACACAGGAUUCAAGCACCACAAAGCCCUGGGCCAGGUAGUUUCUGAAGUUUGUCGAAACCUGGCGGACAGUCUCAUCAUUCCCUUCGAUGUAAAUGACUUUGCUGACCAGCUUGAAAACAUGGUCAGCAGCCUUGACAACGAGUACGGUAAACUACUCAGAGACAAUGGAGUUCGAUUUGAAUGGCUCCAACAAGCAGCGCAAAAUUUCACAAAUGAGGCCAAAAGGUUCACUGAUCUGGUAAACAACGUCAACAAAAAUGAUCCUUUUGCCAUUCGACAAAUCAAUGACCAGCUGAUCCAGUUGGAAAGAGCCUUUAUGGAUCCCGCUGGACUUCCGAACAGACCUCUCGCUAGACACAUCUUGUUUGCCGCGAGCAGUGUAAACACCUACUCGGGAAGCAGUUUCCCUGGGCUGGUCGACGCUCUAUUUGAGAUUGAGAAAUUGCCUUCUGCUGACCACGCACGAAGAUGGAAUGUGGUCAAGAAACAUUUCUCUGUCAUUGUGUUUACUGUAGGGUCGGCUCAGUCUACUCUCCGGGAAGUCACAAAGUUCAUGCCGGACUGA